AUGUCUGCAACUUCCACUAUGGUGUAUACCGCACCUCCACCGACGAACAACACGCUCGACCGCGCAGAGCGGAUCCGGCUGCUGCGCUCGUCGCGCAAGCUCGGCGCCGUCCUCGGCGCCACGCCCUUCGUCGUCGACCCCGAAACAGAUCUCCCUUCCUCACAUAUCCUUGCACUCCGCGGCGACGCCCGUGGGGGGUUACACUCGCACACAUCAUCUCAGUCCUCAACAUCCUCAAGCGCCCUUGGGGAUUCUUCGGAAUACGUUUUUGUCAACGCAUCUUCAAAUUCCCGCUCCGCGCCGUAUCAGGUGCAGGCUAUUUUCGACAAUGCGUCUCCGUCGUCCUCGCGCAGCUCCUCGCCGUUCCCUGGCGCUGUCACGUCGAGAGCAGCAGGUGGUGCAGGCGGUGGAUCGCCGACAUCUGUCACUAGGAAACGAAAGCAGGACAUUGCCACCGGAGAAUCUGGACUCGUUCCACUGAACCUGAAUCUGAACUUUGCACUUCCAGGCCCUGCUGCGGGCACGAGGAAGACCCGUUCUGGAGCGGCCGACAAGGACACCGACGCGUCGGCCUCCGCUUCUGCAGGCGCGAUCGUCGCGGCGCACCCAUCACAGCCACUCCUCCUCCGUCUGCGGUCCGUCCCAGCCAUCGCGACAUCGGAGGGUGGGAGCGACAGUAAUGUGCACCACAUAAAUACCGCUGUCCGUGGUCUGCCUGGUGACAGCGAGUCGCCGUCGUCCCCAACGUCAGCUAAACCGCUGUCGCCCGUCGCAUCGUCGUUCAAUAUCAACAUGGGCAUUGAUGUCAUCCCACCGUCGCCUUCUUCUGGUGAUUUUGGGAGUGUGGCUCCUGGGAGCCUGAGCGAUCGCGAGAAGAGGAGAAAGUUGGCAAAGCUGGCGAGGACGCUUGGGGAGAAUAUUCCGCCUGAGCUGGUGUUCCGCGCUGCUCCUGCUUCUUCUUCUUCCACCACCGCCACCGCCACCGCCUCCUCGUCGCAGGGACCAUCGGGAGCGGGCCCCAGCGCUCCUCAUCAGCCUAUCAAGAAACUCCUCCGUCGGACGUCCUCGUUGACUGCUUCGAAAUCUCUCCACCCAGGUCCUACACCCACAUCCUCGUCGGCGGCGGCGACAGUUGACCCUGUAGCCCCGUUCAACUACUACCAAGGUCAACCGUCGAUCCCACCGCUCGCUGUCGCAGCUGCGCCUCUCCCCAGUCCUAAUCUUCAUUCCAACUCUCACCAGCAAUCCGACGCUGAGCCCAGACUCCGCCGUGCACAGGAAAAAGGACAAGCACAAAGACACCGCCCGAGGAGUCUUACACUCGGUACAGCGUCUGCAUUUGCGUUUGCAGCGGCCGCUGCCCUGACGCGCGGAAGCAGCGCGAAUGUUUCUGUCCCAGCGGCUGGAAAGGCGCAGCCCGCUCCGGCUCUCUCGCCUCUACGCAGGACAACGCCGACGCCGACGACCACACCACCUAAGUCCAUCGCUCGUCAGCGUUCACCUUCCCCCGAAUUCCAAGUCGAGGACGAAGAUUCCGACUCUGAACGAACACCAACUCUCGAGUCCACACGCCUGUUCCCCGUGCCGCAUCCCUCAGAGUACUUCUCGCGGGGCAGCACAUCGCUCGACGAGCCCCCCUUCGGCCCGCGCUCGCGCUCGCACCUGCGUCCGGCGCCGCUGACGUUCUCUGAUCACUCGAGAGCGCAGAGCUACUAUGCGUCUGGAGGUGCGAUGUUUAAUGACCCGAUGCCGUCGCCGAGACCGUUCAUACAUGUCGCUGCGCCUCCUCGCGCUGAUGAUGUGCGCGCGUCGGAGGAUAGUGUUUGGAGCAGUGCGAGUGCUGAGACGGAGGCGAAUGGGAAUGGGAAUUUGAAGGAGUGGGGGAGGAGGAAGGAGAGGGAGUGGAGUGGUGAGUGGAAUUUGAAGGAUAUGGAGGAUGUGGCGAGGAAGUUGAGAGGGUUGAAGGGGCGCUAG